CUAUAAAUAAGCACAUCAUUUUUUUCUCAACACAUUCGGACUAUUAGCGUUUUAGCAGUAGCAACAUCUUCGCAAUGAAACUGUUCAUUAUCCUAACCGUGGCUGCCCUAUCUAGCGGAGCCAAACUGGACAAAACGUACCUGCCUCCUUCAUCAGCCCAAUCUGCAGGGGGAGACUUUUUGGAUACACCGAAUUUCGGUUCUGGUGAUACCUUCACUCCCGAUGGCCAAGACGUCAACAGAUACAACUAUGAAGGCAACUUUGAGUACCGCCCGGAGAGAACGCAGGCGGCCUUUGAAAGGAACGCAGCGAUUCUCCGACAAGACAAUGUGAACAGUGGUGAUUCCUACUCAUUUGCAUUUGAAACAGAGAAUGGUAUUGCUGCUGAAGAGAGCGGUGUAGCGACAAACGGUGUAGAGGCUCAAGGCGGCUUCUCCUAUAUUGGUGAUGACGGAAAGCAAUAUAGUAUUAGAUAUAUCGCUGACCAAAACGGUUUCCAACCACAAGGUGAUCAUCUUCCCACGCCCCCACCGAUUCCAGAAGAAAUCCUUAAAGCUCUAGAACAAAACGCAAGGGAUGAAGCCGCGGGAAUUUUUGAUGAUGGCUCUUACAAUGAGGCCAAAUAUGAAAGCAACUACAAAGAGAACUACGGAAACUAUGAAAACAGAUAUACCGUUGAUCCAUCCAACGCCCAAACAGACGAUGACUCCGUCAUCACGGAUUCCGCAGCCUUCAGAAACCCUAACUAUUAUCAACCAUCAAGAAUUCCUUCGGUGACCAAAGCUUACUUACCUCCAAGAUAUUGAUAUAGACUGAUGCCUUCCGACGGACUUAGAAUUAAUAAAUUAUAGA